AUGUCAAUCAAGAACAGUAUGUCUGUCAUUAACAGAAAUAUCAAGGUUGCGCUACUUCAGUUCUAUACCGGCUCCGACAAACAGGCCAAUUUGCAAAAAGUCAAGGAUUUUGCCGCAAAGGCUUUAGCAAAAGAGCCCGGUCUUGACUUACUCGUUUUGCCAGAAUGCUUCAAUUCUCCAUACGCUGUCGAUCAAUUUAGGAAGUACUCCGAGCCAAUACCAUCAGGAGAGACAACCAGGUUCCUAUCUGACCUUGCCAAAGAGUAUAAUGUCAAUAUCAUAGGAGGAUCAUUUCCAGAACUUGGCUCUGACAACAAAGUUUACAACACCUCACUCACGUUUGACAAUAAGGGGGAGAUUGUCGCCAAGCACAGAAAAGCUCACUUGUUUGAUAUCGACAUUCCUGGCAAAAUGACUUUCAAAGAGUCCAUUUCCCUAGCACCAGGUGACAAAGCGACUAUCUUCGAAUUGAACAAUCUGUGUAAGAUUGGUCUCGGAAUAUGCUACGAUAUCAGGUUUCCAGAAUUGGCAAUGGUUGCAGCUAGACAAGGUGCUGGAAUCAUGUGCUACCCAGGAGCUUUCAAUACAGUCACGGGCCCUCGGUUCUGGACCAAGUUUGCUGUCGCGAGGGCAAUUGAUAACCAAGUGUACGUUUUGAUGUGCUCGCCUGCGAGAAACGUUGAAGGUGGCGGGUACCAGGCCUAUGGACACUCCAUGGUCGUUGAUCCAAAUGGGGACGUUCUGGUGGAAGCGGGUCAUGGCGAGGAAAUUGUUUACUGCGAACUGAAGCCGGAGGUCCUUGAAGAGGCUAGAAAAAACAUUCCAAUCACACUGCAGCGCAGGUUUGAUAUCUACCACGAUGUUUCGAAGGAUGCUGUGGCUAGGGCCAUUUAG